AUGGAGGGUAAUGUAAGUCUUUUUGGUUUUAUCGCUGACUUAACCUUUCUAAGGCAAUUUUAAUGUAGGGGACUUGGUUUUUAUAUAUAUUUUUUAUGAAGUAGCUGAGGCUUUAUUAAGAUGUUUUUUUAAUUUAAAGUUUUUAUAAAACAUUAAUAUAAAAAAGUAUUAGUGGUAUGAUAAAACCGUAUAAAUGUAUUCUUCAGCUGCUCAAAUCAGUACUGGUGAUACUUGUAAUAUCAAUAGCAUGGACUACGGUAGCUCAGUUUGGCAAGCAGUCUUUCGUUUUACCUCCAGAGGAGUUCUUUGCUCCAUUUUUCAUAAUUUACUUGAUGCAUUUGAGUGGAGCUUUAGUAUAUCCAAUAUAUUUGUUCUUGAGGAUGUGUUUAUGCGACAGAAAUAUUGUCAAACAUCUCAAAGAGGCUACUGACAUCUACAAGGUGGAAAAGGUGAGUUAACUUUAAUAUUCUCUUACGUUUUGUUAAAACCGCAGUGUUAAUUCAUGAUUUCAUUAUCCUAAAGCUACAUGUUGUUCCAGACAGACGUCUUUUUCUCUUCGAAAAUUAUCAAAAACGUCGUGUACAUGGCAUUGCCUAUGAUGAUGUUAACCUUCAUACUUCAAUAUGCUUAUGCUCAAUCGUUACGGUAUAUUACGGCUGCGGUUGCCGCUUCUGUUAUGAGUACGAACGCUGCUUUGGUUUGUAUAUUAGGAUGGGUUUUCUUGAAGGAAAAGGUGUCGGUUGUUAAGGUAGGUACGCUUUGUAGCUUUAAAUACUUUCUGAUAUUAUAUUAUACUAACGAAUAUGUAAAAAAAAGUAAGAUGUACUGUUGUUAUAGACAUUGGGAGUAAUCUUCGCUGUGCUUGGAGUGAUAGUAAUGUCUACGAACGAAUCUACAGAGGCUACAGAUGACAAUAUGGGUAUUCUCGGAGUGUUUUUGGUCGUUUUGUCGGCUGUAGCUGCUGCUGUUUACAAUGUAAGUUAUCAUGAUAUGUAAGCAACGUGUUUUAUUUUGAUAAAUCUCACCAUUGUUUAGAUUUGCGACAUAUCAAUUUUAAAAAAGGUACUUUAAAAUGGAAAUUUAAGAGGUAUUAUAAUACUAUAUUUACUCGAAUUUAGGUAACAUUCAAACUCAUAUACGGCCAUCCAUCAGUAAAUCAGGUUGCCUUUUACACGUUUGUUAUUGCUACACUCAACUUUAUUAUCAAUUCGAUACCUUUGUACCUUCUUAUAACGUUCGACUAUGAUCAUAUUGUAUGGGAGAAAGUACCAUGGCUGCCAAUUGCUGCCUAUGUUGUAUCAAGCGUGGGUAAGUUUAUUUUUAUGACAAUCUUUGAUACAUGGGCUGGUAAGGAAAGUUUGGGUAGAAGAUGUGUGUGGUUUAUUUGGUGAGGGCAGGGGCAUAUGAGGGUGGGUGGGUGGUUGCAGACAGUGAAUAAGGUAUUUUUAUAUGACAAACAUUAUACCUCGUUCUUUUUUAGUGUCUUAUUGUUAUAUAAAUCUUUCAGUUUUUCAAUUCUUGGUUAACAUUGGAAUAUCAUUGUUGAACCCGCUGGUGGUAUCUAUUGGAGUGUUAUGUGCGUUACCAAUGAUAUCAGGUAAGGGACUCUUUAACAAAACAUUUUAUCUUUAUAGGCUUUUGCUUAAAAUUUUUAAAAAUAUUGUUUGAAUGAUCGAAAAUGAAUAUUAGAUUAUUGAAGCUUUAUAAAGCUAGGUUAGUAUACAGGACCAGAAAUAGCAUAAAAUACCAUUCUCUAUCAAAACCGCUGUGUUAGACUAGUCAAAUCUGAAAACACGAUUUUAGCAUUUGAUAUCGUUGUAAGAAACGAGCCCACUUGCUGGAACUUUUACAUUGGCGUGGUGUUGUUUAUGAUGGCAUUCGUAUUUAGCGUGUUUCCUUUGGAUUUAUUGUUCAAAAAGAAAGAAACGCCAAAUCAGCCUGAAGCAGUUGCUCUUAAUCAAGAUAUUAAAGAGUAA